AUGGAAACUGAUGACUCCUUCGAUUUUCUGUUCAAGAUAGUUCUUAUUGGUGAUAUGGGUGUUGGUAAAACAUGUGUUGUGCAAAGGUUUAAAAACGGAACUUUUAUUGAGAGACAAGGUACAACAAUUGGUGUUGAUUUCACGAUGAAAACUCUGAUUAUUGAAGGCAAGCGUGUUAAAUUACAAAUUUGGGAUACUGGCGGUCAAGAAAGAUUCCGUACAAUAACCCAAAGUUAUUAUAGAUCUGCAAAUGGUAUUAUAUUAUGUUAUGAUCUGACAUGUCGCCAAUCUUUCGAAUCUCUUCAGCGUUGGAUAGAUGAUGUAUCUAAGUUCGCUGCUCCAAAUGUUUGUAAAGUACUAGUUGCUACGAAAGCAGAUCUUGAAAAUGAACGUUUUGUUGAAAGAGAUGAGGGAAACCAAUUAGCCAAUGCACAUGGCAUGUGUAUGUUUAUUGAAACAUCCUCUAAAAAUAAUGUUAAUGUCGACAACGCAUUUUUGGAAUUAGCACGUCAAUUAAAAAAGCAGUAUGAAGCGGGUGUGCAUUUGGAUUUCCAGUUGGAUGCCUUUAAGAUUUCACAAGGCACAACAUCUAUCAGCUCAAAAUGGGCUUCAUGUUGCCAUUAUUUAUGA